AUCGAGCUUGUGUUGUCAAUAUAUUUGAUACCGCAAUAAAGGGUUUCUAACAUGGCAAUCAUUUCGAUUUCGUUUCUGGGGCCUGCCAUCCUCUACGUAACAUUUGGCUACUUUCUGGUUACGGCCAUCUACCGAGUCUACUUUGAUCCACUUGCCAAGUUCCCAGGCCCGUGGUACUACGCUGCCUCACAGAUUCCCAUCACCAUCCAGCGCAUAAAAGGUGAUGAGGUUGCUACCUACGCCAAGCUCCACCAGAAGUAUGGUCAGUAUGUGCGUGUCGCGCCGGGCGAGUUAAGCACUAUCAACCCGGCUGCCGCAACGGACGUAUACGGACACCGUAAUGCCGCCCGUCAAAUCCCCAAAGACUUCAAGGCCUACUACAUGAAGAACCAGCGAGGAGACGGCACUGAGGGUCUCAUGACGGCCGAUGACGAAUCUCACCGCCGCAUGCGAAAGAUUUUCUCUCCAGCCUUCAGCGACCGAGCCAUUCGCGAGCAAGAGCCGCUUCUGAAGAAGUAUACGGAUCUCCUCGUGGAGAAGUCGGGUGAAUGUUGCGACUCCAAGGGCAAGGUGGAUAUCCACAUGUUCUUCAACUUUGCCACCUUUGACUUUGCUGCCGAUCUCGUCUUUGGCGAUGGUCUUGACCACCUGGAGCGAAUGGAAUACCACCCCUUCCUAGCCAACAUCUCCGGCGUCGUCAAGUUCAGUGCUUUCCGGAGAGCUAUUCGGUCUUUCCCUAUGAUGGACAAGAUCUUUGCCCAGUUUAUUCCAAGGUCCAUGAUCAAGAAGCGCAUGGAGCAUACCGACUUCUGCGACGACCGUGUCAACAAGCGGUUGGAGAAGAACGUCACCGACCACCCGGAUAUGUGGACUCUUGUUCUGCAGGCUGAGGAUAAGGGUGAGGGUCUGACCUUUGGUGAAAUGCGCCAGAAUUCGUUCCUCAUCCUGACAGCCGCCACGGAGACGACUUCAUCGUUGAUGACGGCACUGACCUUCCUCCUGGGCCAAAACCCGGACAAGCUAAAGAAGCUCACGGACGAGGUUCGGGGCAAGUUCAGCUCGACUGAAGAGAUGACCACUCUCACCUUGCCCCAUCUGGAAUACCUGCAAUGCUGCAUCGAGGAAGGCCUCCGCUGUUAUCCCCCUGUGCCCGGCGGUCUUCCUCGCCGCACCGGGCCACAGGGAGGCAACCUCGACGGCCACGAGCUUCCUCCUGACAUCGUAGUCUACUAUGCGCAGUCUGCCGCGUAUCAUUCUCCGAUGCACUUUGCUCGUCCCGACGAGUUCAUCCCCGAGCGGUGGGCUUCAUCGCCCCCGACAGAAUUUGCCAACGACCGUCUAGAGGCGGUCCAGGCUUUCUCCGCUGGUCCGCGAGACUGCAUUGGAAAGAACCUCGCCUACCACGAAGCGAGACUUCUGGCAGCCAAGUUCUUCUGGACGUAUGAUGUGGAGGUCUGCGAGGAGAGCAUGGAUUGGAUGAACCAGAAGACAUAUAUUGUUGGCCUUAAGAAGCCGCUCUAUGUGAAGCUUCACCGGGUCAAGAGGGAUGCGUAAAUAUCCCGGGGUAGCAAUAGAAAACUUGGCUCGCCUCAGCUCGACCUGGACGCACAAAGAGGGCUGGAGUUCAUGACUUGGGCAGAAUACUUGGAGUGUGGAGUCAGACUCUCUCCAUGCGCAUGGGGCAGUUGAAAGUUUGCAAGUCAAGUGUCGGGAGGGCGCUCUUGGGUUGAAUGCAUAUCUAAGUAGGCUCAUGCCUAAGAAAGCACAUUUACCGCAUUCCUAACGCAAGAGUUGCUUUUGUGGAUAUAGGUUUCAUAGAAACGGGAAUUCUUCUUUCUCGUCUUCGUCAUUAGGGU